CGGAAAUGUAACCCAAAUGGUCUGUUUCCGGCAUGAACUUGUAUACGGUGGUAACUUGUUUACAAGAUAUUGCUUGGCACGCAUCGUGGAGUUUAAAAGUCGGCUAGACGCAUAGUUACAAAACAGCACUCCAUCUGUAAUCAUGAAGAUAGCUGUUGAAGGUUGCUGUCAUGGGGAACUGGACAAAAUCUAUGAAACAGUCCAGUAUCUUGAACAGGUCAACAAUAUUAAGGUGGACCUACUCCUAAUAUGUGGAGAUUUUCAAGCCAUUCGCAACAAAGAAGACAUGAAAAGUAUGGCAGUUCCUCCCAAGUACCAGAAACUUAACACAUUCUACAAAUAUUAUUCUGGAGAAAAAGAAGCCCCACUUCUUACAAUUUUUAUUGGUGGAAACCAUGAGGCAUCAAACUUUCUACAAGAGCUUCCUUAUGGGGGUUGGGUUGCCAAAAAUAUUUACUAUAUGGGAUAUGCUAGUGUCAUCCAGGUUGGAGGAAUACGCAUUGGUGGACUCUCAGGUAUCUACAAAGCAAGGGAUUACAACAGAGGUCAUUAUGAAUACCCACCAUACACUGAUGAUACUAAGAGGUCUGUGUAUCAUGUUCGUAACGUGGAGGUGUUCAGGCUAGAGCAGCUUACUCGGCCUAUGGAUAUCUUCAUGUCUCAUGACUGGCCUGCAAACAUUGCACAAUAUGGUGACAUGGAAAGACUUUUUAGAGCAAAGCCAUUUCUCAGAGAAGAGGUCCUUGAUGGUUCUUUGGGUAGUCCUCCUGCAGAAAGACUUUUGCACAAACUUCAGCCAUCAUAUUGGUUUUCUGCCCACCUACAUGUCAAGUUUGCAGCAUGGAUUCAGCAUUCAAAUAAGAAUACUACAAAGUUCCUGUCUUUGGAUAAAUGUUUGCCUAGGAAACAGUUUCUGCAGGUGUUAGAUAUACCACAUCACCAAGAAGAGCCUUUGAGAAUAAAGUUAGAUGCUGAGUGGCUGUGUGUGUUAAAGUCUACUAAUCAUCUGCUGAACUUGACACGGUCAACUGUUUAUAUGCCAGGUCCUGGGAGUUCAGAAAGAUACAAUUUUGAAGUAACAGAUCAAGAUAUAGAUGAGUUAUAUAAGGAUUUUGGUAAUGAUUUGACAUUACCAGAAAACUUUGAGCACACAGCACCCACAAUUGAUCAGCAAAGGUCUGCUGUGACAGAACAGCAUGUUCGUGUAAACCCUCAAACAUCACUCCUGUGUUCUAUGCUGGACGUUACUGACCCAAAUGCUGUGAUAUUGGGCCAAAGCUUCUGUGGCUCUUCAGCAUCUUCUAUCAACAAUCCUGAUGAAGUUGACAUUGAAGAUGACACAGAGGAGGAGAAUCUAACUGAGGCACCUAGCUACAUUAAUAGCAGUCUAGAUGCAUCAUGCACAGACACUAGUCUCAGCAUGUCAGAUUCGUUUACCAGCUUUGAUCAGGAUGGUGAUUCUUUAAAAUCAGGGACUUUUUCUUCAUCCACACCCACUCAUACUCGUGUUGCUGAUGAUGAUGAAGAACUUGUGUCCAUUCUUGCUGCACAGCGCCGCAUCAGUGGGAAAUUAGAGUUUAGUGAAGCUGUUUCCCCUGCUUGGAAAACUAGUUCCAGUGGGGUAGAAACAUCCACCACGAAAGAUAGUGAUUUAACAUCAAGUAUCACUCAGGAACACAGGACCAAACAUGAUGAAUGUGCAAAUGGUAUGUGUGGUGCAGAGUUAAAGCCAGAUGAAAGUAUUAUGGAUAUUGGCUGUUCUAGUCAGGAGUCAAAAGAUUUGCUGGAGCCUCAGAACACAUCCAACACUGAGGAGUCUCAAGGCUCUCAGAGCAAUAAUGAGGAGACAGAAGAACAGAAGGGGGACUGUUCAGGCCCAGAGGAUUUGGACGACAGUCUCCAGAAACGGAAGACCUCUUCAGAGAAUGUUAGUGGAUCAGGAGGCAAAAAGCUUAAACGAAGAAAUGAAUCAUUUUACUCCGUUUCAGCCACUGAAAAUGAAGACAGCUAACAGUUAACUACUAAAACGAAGCUGGUGUAUACACAGCUUCCGGCUAAGAGUUGAUCUUGGCAGAUAGCAGUCUACCUAUGCACACCAUAGCGUGAAAUAAAGACUUUGGGUGGGGGGAGCUAAUGUGAGACCACAGACGUGUAAGGUGGAUUGCUGUCUGUCUGCCAAGACCAACGCUUAGCCUCUUGCGAAGUUCUCUGUUGUUAGUCUCGGCGGGCCUAAACAAAAUAUGUGACUAAACCGGAAGCUUUGUACAAGCAUGCCUCUCUUUAGUAGUUAACUGGAAAAAAAUCAUCUUCCGACAGUCCAGUAAUACAAGUUCGUGGUGAGACACAUUGCAUCAAACUUAACAAGCUUUAAAAACAUAUGCGUUGUCCACAAGGGUUUAAUAUAAGCAUGCCAUAGUUUUUGAUAAAACUAAUGAAAAUGAGCUGUGAUAUCCAAAGCACUUGCUUGCCUCUAUAGGGUUGAGUUAAUGCUUGAUGAGAAACAGCCUCUAUUAUGAUUUAAUGAAUUGCUUUACCAGAUUUUCUUCACAAAGGUUAAUAAAAACAAGUCCUAUUUCAGAAAAAGUCAUGCAGAAUUAAAAAUAACAAUAAUGACUAAGAGAAUGAAAUGUUAAGUGAGUAGGUCUUGUUAACUAUUUAAAUAAAAUCACUUUAGAGAGUACAUUUUACAAAAGCAUUUAGUGCCUUAUAAGGCUUAUUUUGUACAGAAAAUUACAGGGGCAGCUUUUAUACUUGUAUACAUAAUAUGAACUCUUACACUUCUAAACUGUUUGUGCCAAUUAAACUGUUUUUUGUUUUCUCCAUGAUUUUAGUUGAUUCCCACCAGCUGUGUUCAUGAUGUUGACUCUUUUCUGUUUUAAUAAAAACAUGGAUGACCCAUCGCUGUGGGUUGUUCCUCCAUGAAAGGUUUUGUUGAAAAUCAAAAUGUAAAGUAAGAUGCUACAAAAGAUUACCAUGUUAGUGUAGUCAAUGUUUUAAAAGUAAAGCAUCAGACUAUACCAAAUAGUCAGAUAUUUUUUCUUAAUAUUAAAUACCAGUAGAAUUGCAGGAUAUGUUGGCUACAGGCAGCAUGCAGCAAAGAAGCCAACAGUUGUUUUUUUACAUACAUUCUUGUAACUAGUUUCUUGCAUGUGACAUGUUUGUUUUAUUUGUGUAGAUCAUGCAAAAAUACUUUCUGGUCAUUUAAGUUGGAGGUAAGCAUGAGAAUUUUGUUAGAGCUUCUUGGUCUUUUUUGUGAUAGACACACAACUUAAAACAAUGAAUAUCUUUGGUAUAUUAAGGAUUAAUAUAGUUGAUGAAUAGUUAUCAUGAUUUUGCUACUGUAAAUUCUAAUGAUUUCAUGUGAAAUAUUUACAUUCUUGUCUUAGAUGGAAUAUUUUUUGGGAAAAAGUGUAAAAGUGUAACAUUUUGCUUUAAAAAAGUAUGCAAAGUAUGUUCAUAAUAAAUUUUACCUUGCCUCAAUCA